CGUCAGCUCACAAAUUCAACAACCUUCAACCCCUGAUUCAUCAAUCAUCGGCAUUCUUCAAUGCCACCGCAAGUUCCAGCUCUUCAUCUUUAUCCCACAGUCAGAUAAUACAAGUAGAUUUGGACCAGAGGCGACCGUCACUCUUGCACUGCUUACAAAAUAUUAUCUAUUGGGGCGAAACUUGUCAGUUUGACGAUGAUGAUGAGGUUCUCUCUUGUCUUUUCAUUUCUGGCCGUGACGGCAGUCUCUGCCUGGACGGUGCCACGAAUUAGUUCCAACAAUCCACACUCUACCACGCGACUCUACAAUAUCCCACCCCCUUCGCUCAAUGAUGCCAAAGCAUUCAAGGAAUACGCCGACAAACAACCUCCCCCGGCAUCCUUUUUUGAACUGCAGCAGGACUGUACAAAGGCGGCGCAGUUGGCAUUGAGAGACGGACACAAACUCAUCGAAAUCGAGUUCCCACCACUCCCCGCCAAUGUAUUGGAAAUGGACGAUGUCAGUGCCUACGAAAUUUCCAAUGCCAAUCUCAAUUUGGCCAUUGAUUUUGCAAAGGGAAUCAUGGCCGCAACUAUUGAUGACCCGGAAAGCGCCACCUACAACAAAAUUGCCAUUCUCUUGCCCGAUGAAGCAGAGGCAGAUAUUGCCACGGAAAAAAUGCUGGGUGGAGCCAAAAAUCCAUAUCCGGGAAUUACCGUGGGAUCCUUGCUAGAGAGUGAGGAAGGAGAUGAACGUAUUAUCAAGCCCGAACAACUCUUUUUGAAUCUCUUUGGAGGAGGCUCGGGUGGCAUUGUCAGGGCCAGGGAGGAUGUGGACAUGUACAUUUGCAUUGUGGCAAGUGCGCAAGAGUUGCCAGACAUUGAGGAACUCUCCCAAUUGGAACCAGACAAGCCCAUUGUGUUUUUCAAUUUGAAACUCGAUGUCCUGAGGGGAGAUUUGGGAGCUCCGGCAUUCCCACCAAGAGAGUUCCAGGACAGAUUCUUGUCUCGCGUCAAACCAGUCUACUUUUUGAGGACGCGACAGUACUCGCGAUCUACCCCCAAUCCACCCUUUCUCAUCAACUUUCAGGGAUGCUUGUUCCGAUCGUAUCCCGGACAGUUCCAAACAUUGCUCGAUACCGGCACAGGACGGUACCGACGAGUCAAGGGAAACGAUGUUCGACCACCUCUCGGUGGAUUCAAAGAAGAACUUACCGAGGCGUUGCGGGAGACAGGAGUCAUUGAGGAAGAAGGAAAGACACUCAAUUUCUUGCGAACUGGAUACAAGACGACCACCUGGUGGGAGGAAGAACGAGAAGACGCAAGCGACGAGUGGAGGACGUAAAGCCUAGACUCGAGCAUAGAAGAAGCUUGAUGAAUAGCAACCUUCUUUGAACAUCUUUG